AUGCUUUCUCCUUUGGUUUCAGUUACGUUCUAUCAGAAUCCAAAUUUUAAGCGAGGAUGUCCCCAACUUCUAGUAAGAAUGAAGCGCAGAGUUGGGAUUAAACACACAUCUCCACCAUCUGCUUCUUUAGUUCACAAUCUUGACAAGACAUACCACAGUGCAGGCGAGUAUGUGCAUACUCAAAAUCCUAGCUCAUCUACAGAAACUAAUGAAGAAAGGUUACUUUCAACUUCUACAAAUUUAAAUGUGCCUCCUACUAGCCACAGAAUUGCUAAUUCAAAUGAUCCAGUGACAAGUAAUAUUUUGACUCCAUCAUCAACUUUAAUUGCACCAUCAGUACAAUUUGUAACAAAUCAACAUGCUCUUUUAAAUCAAAUGACCACUUCUCAUAGGCAUUCAUAUAGUACCUACUCUCAAGCACAUGGCCAUAUCCUGAAUGUUGUGACAACUACAACUUCUAUUUCCCAAUUUCAAAUAUUGUCUCCAGUACAGAAUAAUUAUUUUGGACUGAUGGCAAACCGUCCUGUUUUUGCACCUAGACAUCCUUCUUUAGCAACAAUUGUGGGUCCUUUUUCUAGCACGUUAACAGCAAGCAAUCCAUGGUUCACUAUGCCAAUGAUAGCUAGUAGAACUGCUGCCUCCCCGCCAAUGUCAACUAAUCAACCAUCCUCAAUAUACCAAUAUCCUAAUUUUAACUGACCUUCGACUAAAUGAAAAUUAGACACGGAAAGGUGUUAUGUUCAUCAGUUCUGAAAAAAUAACUGAAAUUCUAUUACUUGAACAAUAAAAUGACAUGUUCAACUUUA